AUGGCUGGCGGGGCUCGAGAGGUGCUUACGCUGCAGUUGGGACAUUUUGCUGGUUUCGUGGGAGCUCACUGGUGGAACCAGCAGGAUGCUGCUCUGGGCCGCCCGACGGAUGCCAAGGAGGCGCCAGCAGAGUUGUGCGCCGACGUCCUGUACCGGACGGGACGGACCCUGCAUGGCCAGGACACCUACACGCCGCGACUCAUCAUCAUGGAUCUGAAGGGUAGCCUGAGCUCCCUACAGCAGGAAGGUGGACUCUACAGGGACAAACAACUAGAUGCUGCAAUCGCAUGGCAGGGGAAGCUGACCACGCACAAAGAGGAGCUCUGUCCCAAGAACCCGUACCUCCAGGAUGUGCUCAGUGCAGAGGGAGUGCGGAGUAGUGACGGUGUCUGGAGGGUCAAAUCCACCCCCAAUGGCACACUAGCUUCCCUACCACUCACCACUGCACAAACACCCACGCCACUCACCACCCCAGAGAGCAGCAUCAGAGUGUGGUCAGACUUCCUUCGAGUGCAGCUCCAUCCCCGAAGCAUCUGCAUGAUUCACAAGUACAACCAUGAUGGGGAGACAGGUCGGCUGGAGGCUUUUGGGCAAGGAGAGAGUAUCCUGAAGGAGCCUGGGUACCUGGAAGACCUGGAGGACAGGCUGCACUUCUAUGUGGAGGAGUGUGACUACUUGCAGGGUUUCCAGAUCCUUUGUGACCUGCACGAUGGCUUCUCCGGGGUAGGUGCUAAGACCGCAGAGCUGCUGCAGGACGAGUACUCGGGCCGGGGAUUGAUAACAUGGGGCUUGCUCCCGGGGCCCUACAGACUCGGGGAGCCCCAGAAGAGCAUCUACCGUCUGCUAAACACAGCUUUCGGGCUGGUGCACCUGACUGCUCACAGCUCCCUCGUCUGCCCCUUAUCCUUGGGUGGAAGCCUAGGCCUGCGACCAGAGCCAGCCGUCACCUUCCCCCACCUGCAGUAUGAUGCCACUCUGCCCUUCCACUGCAGUGCCAUCUUGGCUACGGCCCUGGAUACAGUCACAGUCCCGUACCGCCUGCGCAGCUCGCCAGUUCCCAUGGUUCACCUGGCCGACAUGCUGGGCUUCGCUGGGAAAAAGGUGGUGACAGCUGGAGCCACAAUCCCCUUCCCUUCAGGACAGUCCCUUCCUGAUACCCUGGUGCAGCUUGGCGGAGCCAGCCCAUGGACCCCGCUGUCUGCCUGUGGGGACCCACCCGGAACUCGCUGUUUUGCCCAGUCUGUGGUGCUCAGGGGCGUGGGCAGCGCACUGCACACCAGCCCGCUCCCCGCAGGACCGACUCUGCACGCCCCCUCCCCGCUGCACGCGUGUGCCACUGGGGAAGAGGUCUUGACCCAGUACUUACGGCAGCAGCAGCCCAGGGCUGUAAGUUCUUCCCAUCUGCUGCUGACUCCUUGCAAGGUGGUUCCUCCAUAUCCACGCCUCUUCUCGAGCCUCAGUAAAUGGGGCUCAGUUCCGGACGGUCCUCCAGCGGGGCCAGCAGCAGAGAGCAUUGCGGUGUUUGGAAACCUGGGUUCCUCUUCGGCUCUGCAUCAGACCCUUGGAGACUUGGCCAAAGAGCUCAGCAGACUGGACCUGCGGCGCUGGGCCAGCUUCAUGGCUGCUGGAGCCGAGCAGGACGACCUGGAGGAGGUGGUGCAGGAGCUACACAGCCUGGCCCAGUGCUACCGGCCUACUGACAGCCUGGCCCACUGAAGUCCCAGAGCGGGCAGGAGCUGCUUUCCAAUAAAAACUGCUGGAUGCGCGAGGGUUCCAUGUUGGCUGCACCCACCAAGUCUUUAUUACACUGAGAAACACAUGAUUAGCUCACAGGACAAUAAAUAUGUACCAUUUGAAAUAAAAAAGAGAACAGGGCUGAA